AUGGCUUCAAAAACGACCGAAUCCUCUUCCGCCGCUUCCAUGGACGUACUACUGUGCAAAUGGGGCGUGAUGUCUUUCAACAAUUUGGUCCAUGAUUAUGGCAUUAGGGCUGAAUGGAAUCCUGUGUUGCCGUCAAAAACCGACACCGCCUUUCCCCUGAAAGCAGGUAAAAUCACUUUGUUUAGUGAUUUUUUCAAGUUUUGCAACUUCCGGUUACCCAUCACCAAAUUUUUGAAAUUGGUGCUUGAUUUCUACCGCAUCCACAUUUCUCAAAUACAUCCUCUUGGCCUUGUGAAACUUCGACAAUUCGAGUAUGCCUGCGUAGCUCUUGGUCACAUCCCAGAACUGAUCGUCUUUAGGGCUUUCUUCGUACUUGUGUGGAAAUCCCCUUUCUUUACCUUUGAUCGGCGGGAUACCGAAGUAUCAUGUCUGAGGGAGAUCCCUACAAGUUCUAGAGACAAGGAUUGGAAGAAAAAAUUCUUCUACCUGGAUGCCAGUGCUAUUCCCGGGGAAAUGCAUUGGCAAGAUAAAGGACCGAAGGAUAAAGUGAAGGAUGAUGCUCCCCCUGCAGAUUCGUACGCGUCAAAUGCGCUGUAUGUAAAACUGUGUGGCCGCCCCUUUGAGUGCACUAUUAUUCCAGAAGGGGCGCUAGUGAUGGCUGGUAUGAGCCUGUUAUGGCCGGAUAUAAGGCGUUAUCCCUCAUUCCAACGGGAAGAUGGAGGGGAGUGGGGGAUGUUUGACUUUGUUGAUCCACCACGUCACCUGGCGUUGAAACCCAACGACCGGAGACUUGAUGAAGGGGAACCAGAUGUGUUGAAAGUGCAUCUGGAACAAUUUCUUCUACCGGCGAUGCCAACGGAUCCCUUGGAGUAUAUCGCUCCCUUGUCGGGUAUGGCGGCCGCUACUUCAGCAUCAUCAGAGAAGAAACCUAUUCGGCUAAAGCUGUCUGGGAGAAAACCUGCAGCAACCACUGUCAGCGUGCCCGUGAUGGAAGAGACGCCCAACGCGAGUCGUGAAGUUUCCUUAGCUUCCGACCUGACCAGUCCUGGCCGUGCUUCGAAAAAGAGGAAAAUCUUUGUGGCACCUACGCUGAGCGCGUUUCAGGCGGUGCAGGCCGCAUGUGCAAUUUCACCAGGUAUUUUAUUUUAA